AUGGACGUCGUGCGGUACACCAGGAAGGCCAUCCACGCUGGUCACAUGUACACGAAGCACCGUCAGGUGAAGCUCGGCAUCGCAUGGCGAUGUGACCAGCGCGGGGCCUGCCUGGGCCGGAUCGUCGUGGACCAGCACGACAAGGUGGUGACCGCGGCUGACCACACCCAUGGCCCAGACUGGGGUCGCUGCAAGGCCGCGGAGUGUGUCCAGGACAUCAAGCAGGCAGCAGGCACAUCGCGGGCCUCCACCACCUCAGUCAUCCAGCCCAAGGUCGCGCGGGUCAGCACGGAGACCACCACAAAGCUGCCGAAGAAUGCGGCCCUAAGGAAGAUGGUGCGUCGGGUCAAAAGACAACACCUUCCCCCUGAACCCAAGAGCCUUGACGAACUAGACAACAUACCCAGACGUUUUCAUGUCACUCUGAAAGGGGACAGAUGGCUUCUCUACUACGAACCUGAGGACGAGGAGCGCAUGCUGGUGUUCAGCAGUAACCACCACCUCAAGCUGCUGCAGCGGGCGACAUACUGGGUCAUGGAUGGCACCUUUAAAUCAGCCCCCAAGAUAGUAUGCCAGAUCUACGCAAUCCAUGGUUGUGUGAACGGGAAGUGGGUGCCCCUGGUCAUCGCCCUGCUGGAAAAUAAGACUCGGCGCACCUACGAGAAGCUCUUCGACGUCCUGAAGACGGAGGUGCGCCGGCGCUUGCGGAAAGACCUGCAACCUGAGUACGUGUCCACAGACUACGAGCAGGGGGCGAUAUCGGCCGUCAGAACAGCCUUCCCAGACGCCGAGCUCUGUGCGUGCCUCUUCCAUCUGGGGCAGACUUUCUUCCGCCAAGUGCAAGCUGCGGGGCUGGCGAUCGUCUACAGGGCGGAGGAGAGCGAGGGGAUGCGAGCAGACUUCCACGCUCUCAUCGCGAUCGCCUUCGUUCCUGUGGACGACGUCGAGGACGCGUUCGACGCGCUUCAGGAAGUCUCCGACCCUGCCUUGCGCCCUGUCUUCCAGCAUGUAGAAGACCACUACGUGAGAGGACGACUGCAGGCGCGCAGGCGGGGUGGACGCGUCCGGCAACGAGGGCGGCCCAUGUUCCCUCCAGCCCUCUGGAACUGCUACAGCCGGGCUGAGCAGGGGCUGCCCCGCACAACAAACACCUGCGAGGCAUGGCACCGUCGCCUCGGCACGCUGGUCGGGAAGAACCACCCUUCGCUGUAUGUCUUCCUGGACCAGCUGCAGGAGGUGGCGGUGAUCGACGUCGAGUGUUCCCGUGCUGAGGCCGGCCACUCCCCCCAGAAGCGCCGUGCCCAGUGCGAGGUGACCGAUGCGCGCGUCGCCCGCAUCCAGGCCCGCUACGAGGAGUACCGAGAAGCAGACGACGUCUUAUCAUACCUGCGUGCCAUUGGUGCAAACGUGGCGGGCAACUUGUAA